UUUGCUGCUUACGGCUGGUUUAAUAACUUCAACUGGAUAUGCGAACCUAUGGAUUUUUCGAAUGAUGAUGCUGCUGUCAAAAUGCUUGAAGCGUUUUACGUCUACUAUAUAUCAAAAUUCAUUGAAUUUCUAGACACAAUAUUUUUUGUUCUUCGGAAAAAGAAUUCUCAAAUUACAUUUUUGCAUCUAUUUCAUCACGCGAUUAUGCCAAUUACAACUUGGCAUUUCGUUAAAUAUGGUUGUGGAGGUUAUGUAACAGUUUUACCAUUAACUAAUACUUUUGCACACAUUGUGAUGUACUCUUAUUAUCUCUUGUCUUCCCUUGGUCCUUCAGUUCAGAAGUAUAUCUGGUGGAAAAGACACGUGACAAACGUACAGAUGAUCCAGUUCAUAGUGAUAAUGGCAGCGACUGGAUUGGCGAUGAUAAUACGCCCCGAAAAUUGCAAUCUGAGAUUUUUUACAGCUAUAUUUGGAUUCCUGCACGGACUUGUUUUCUUUUGUCUUUUUACCCCUUUCUACAUCAAUCAAUACAUGAAAAAGAAGGAAACGAAGUGAAGUAUAACACCUAGGUACAAAUUGCAACUUUCUUUUUUAGUGUAUAAAAAAUUAGAAUUGAAAUAAAAAGAAAUAAAUAAAAAUAUUUAUUUAUUGUA